GCUACCAAGAAGGAAGAGAACGGAGGGGGGGAAAAAAAAGAAAAAAAAAAAAAGAGAGGGAGAAAAGUAAUAGCAGGGGAUCGAGCUACACAAAGCAAAGCUCUCUCUCUGUAUGCAAAUCAACUACACCCAAAAGAAGAGAAAAAUGCGGUCGAAGACAGAUUAGGAGAAAAUGAAGAAGAGCGGAAACAGAGAGAAAGCGCGAAGAAUCGAAAAGCCCAAGUGAGUUUGAAGGCUGUUGAUUUAUCUGCAAUUGGUGAAGUUGGAGAAGGUCAGAACUUCACAAAUCUCUGAACCUUAAUCUCACACUCUCCAGUUUAGUUUAUCGCUCUUUCGUUGUAAUUCCAAUUUCAUCUGUAAUUGGUGCUCUGUUCUUAACUCAAUCUCCCAGCUCAACUAAUCUUUCCUUCUCAACUUCUGUUAUCUAAAUUUGAAGUUUCCAGCUUUUAAAUUCUCUCAAAAUUUUUCAAGCCGGGUUGGGGGAAGGGGGUGUGUUCAAUCGCUCAAGUGCUAUACUUUUACGGUUCAUGCAGUUACGAGCAAUCAACUUUGAUUAUUCGAACUUAGGGUUUUGAUUUAUUUUGAUUUUGAAUCAAUUUGGUGUGAUUUCGGGGUUUUUUUAUAAGCUUAACUACUGAGUUUGAUCUCUAGGGUUUUGGCUUUUGUGCAAAGAUGGGAUUUGGGUUUGCAUUGUAUAUUUUCUGGGCGGGUGAAUUUUGGGUCGUUUGGAAACAGAAAUAACCAUUUUCUGGUUGGCUGUGAAGGUUUUAACCAUUCUGUGGAUGGUCUGUUUAUUUUGAGAUAUACAGAGCUUGAGAGUUUAUAUGCAUUGAAUUGAUAUGCGGGUGGGUGAAUUUUUGGUUGUUUGGAAGCCAGUAUAACAGUAUUUUGUGGUUGGUAUUGAGGGGCAAGGGGUCUUGCAAUUCUUUUGAAUGGUGUAUAAAUCUGUUUAUUGAGAGAUGCAACCUCAGCAGAGCUCCAGAAUUGAUUUGGUUGAAUUGAAAAGUCAGAUAGUGAAGAAGGUUGGGGUUGAGAGGUUCAAGAAGUAUUUUCAUUACUUGAAUAGGUUUUUAAGUCAGAAGCUGAGCAAGAGUGACUUUGAUAAGUCAUGUUUUCGCCUGCUUGGAAGGGAGAAUCUUCCCCUGCACAAUCAGCUUAUCCGUUCCAUCUUGAGGAAUGCGUGUCAGGCCAACACCCCACCAGCAAUUUAUGAGGCAGGACCCACAAAAUCUUCGAUACAAAUAGCAAAAGGUUCUCCUGAUAGAGAAGAUGGGCAUGAACAAAUUCUUACAGUUCAGAAUCAAAACGUGUCCAUUUGGUCGAAUGGGGUUUUGCCAGUGUCCCCACGGAAGAUUAGGUCAGUGAUGCGUGAUCGUAAGCCCAGAGAUAGACCUAGUCUACUUGGGCCAACUGGGAAAGUUGAAUGUAUCUCGCAUCAAUCCACUGGUGUAGAAGGUGUAGGUGGUAAGGUUAUCAUGAAUAAUGGGGAGUUGCCUCCAUGUGAUUAUCAGAGACCAUUACAGCAUCUUCAAGGAGUUGCUGAGCCACCUGAGAAUGAAAGGGAAGGGUUAGUUCAACGGCCCUUUGAAAAACCGACAAUAGAUAGCAAAGUUCAGACAGCUUUUGUUGAAGACGGGGAAGAGGUGGAGCAAGCAAACCACUUGAGUUUCUCUAGAAGUCCAUUACUUGCGCCUCUUGGAAUUCCAUUUUAUUCUACUACUGUGGGUGGGGCUCGCAAAACUAUGCCAGCAGCAAGCGCUGGUGAUUUUAUUAGCUAUCAUGACAGCGGUGUAUUGUAUAGUACAGAGAUGCUGAGGAAACGCAUGGAGCAGAUCGCAGCUGCACAGGGUGUUGGAGGGGUUUCAACGGAAUGUGCAAAUAUGCUGAAUAAUAUGUUGGAUGUAUACUUGAAGAAGUUGAUCAGAUCUUGUGUUGAGUUGGUAGGAUCAAGGUCUCCACAUGAUUCAAGAAAGCAUCCCAUCCAUAAGCAGCAGGUUCAAGGCAAAGUGCUCAAUGGAAUGUGGAUGAGUAAUCACUUACAUUUGCAGAGCAAUAGUGGACCAGUGGAAGUUAUGCAUGAACAGAGGCCUCGGUGUUCAAUAUCUUUGCUUGAUUUCAAAGUUGCAAUGGAGCUGAAUCCACAGCAGCUUGGUGAACAUUGGCCAUUGCUGCUGGAGAAAAUCUGUACGCAUGCGUUCGAGGAUUGAAACAUCCCAUGAAGAUUUGUUGUGCCAAAGCUGUAAUUGGGCAUGGAUGUUGUUGUUCAAAGGCCUCAAUAACUGUUGUUGGAAGUGUUGAUGAUCAUGUUCUGUUCAGAUUGCCAUGAUGAACUGCAUGGCUUCCCCUUCAGAUGGAGCUUGGGCCUUGCAAAAUGAGAUUGUGGGUCUGAGCAUCCAAAUGUCUGUUUUUCCUCCUGCAGAGCCUGUGUGAAUCUGGGAAUUAUUUAACAGCAACCAAGCAAGGGAAACUUUUAAAUAGAAUUCCCAUAAUUGGUUGCUCUGUUGUAUGAUAAGUAUCGGUGUUGGUUGACUUGUGCCUUCACUACAGAUCUGAAGUUUGUCUGUGCAAUUUUCAGCCAAUGAAGAGGAAAUCUAAGACAGUUUUGCAGGGAUACUCUUAUGUAGCUUGGGGAAAGGUAAAAUCACUGGUGUAAGAGCUGUAGUGUUGCUCUUUAUGUAUUUUUAGAUCCGAUAAUUGAUUGGAAUUCCAAUAUUAAUAACACAUUAUAUCCA